AUGGAAGGUGAAAAGGAUCCUUGGAACAAGCCUUCAACAUCAAAAGCCGGUCUGUCCAAACAAAGUGAAGAUGAAGAGCAACAAAGUGAUGAUGAAAUACCAUCAACAAAUAUCAUAUUGGUCGACAAACGAAUUAUACAAAAUGAUCAGUCCGUCCCGCAACCCAAUCGAGAUGAAAAGCGUGUUUGGACACAAAAACGAAAAAAUCCAGCACCAACAUAUUUCUCCAAGUCAGAUAAACAACUUACAUUAUCAGAUCCUGAGGAUAAUACAAAAAAACAAAAAGACCAAACGCCGCCGCCAUCAAUAUCUCAAGAUGAAAAGAAAUCAGGAGGACCUGGUAAAUCUGAAAAAGGCAGAAUUAAUAAAACCAAGGAUUAUCAUCAGGAUUCCAAGGAUCAUCAGAAGCAGAAUACACCAUCCCAUUCAAAUGCUCUGGAACAGCGGAUAGAUUUAAAAAAAGAGAAUGCUAAAGUUGAAGAAACCCACCUACCUCAGCAGUAUGAUUUAGCAACAGAAGAACCGAUUGAUGCAAAAGGAUCUGUUGGUUCAAAAGCAGCAGAAAGAUUUGUAGAUUUAAAAACAGCAGAAGAAUCUGUAGGCUCAAAAGCAGCAGAAAAAACUGUUGAUACAAAAGCAGCAGAAGGAUCUGCAGGUUCGAAAGCAGCAGAAGGAUCUGUAGGUUCAAAAGCAACAGAAGGAUCUGUAGAUCCAAAAGCAGCAGAAGAAUCUGUAGGUUCAAAAGCAGCAGAAGGAUCUGUAGGUUCAAAAGCAACCGAACGACCUGUGGAUUCAAAAGCUGCAGAAGGAUCUUUAGAUUCAAAAUCAGCAGAAGGAUCUGUAGGUUUAAAAGCAGCAGAAGGAUCUGUAGACUCAAAAACAGCAGAAAGAUCUGUAGGUUCAAAAGCACCAGAACGACCUGUGGAUACAAAAGCAGCAGAAGGAUCUGCAGGUUCAAAAGCUGCGGAAGGAUCUGUAGGUUUAAAAGCAGCAGAAGGAUCUGUAGGCUCAAAAACAGCAGAAAGAUCUGUAGGUUCAAAAGCACCAGAAGGAUCUGUAGGUUCAAAAGCAACCGAACGACCUGUGGAUUCAAAAGCUGCGGAAGGAUCUUUAGAUUCAAAAUCAGCAGAAGGAUCUGUAGGCUCAAAAACAGCAGAAAGAUCUGUAGGUUCAAAAGCACCAGAACGACCUGUGGAUUCAAAAGCUACGGAAGGAUCUUUAGAUUCAAAAGCUGCGGAAGGAUCUGUAGGUUUAAAAGCAGCAGAAGGAUCUGUAGGCUCAAAAACAGCAGAAAGAUCUGUAGGUUCAAAAGCACCAGAACGACCUGUGGAUACAAAAGCAGCAGAAGGAUCUGCAGGUUCAAUAGCUGCGGAAGGAUCUGUAGGUUUAAAAGCAGCAGAAGGAUCUGUAGGCUCAAAAACAGCAGAAAGAUCUGUAGGUUCAAAAGCACCAGAACGACCUGUGAAUUCAAAAGCUACGGAAGGAUCUUUAGAUUCAAAAGCUGCGGAAGGAUCUGGAGGUUUAAAAGCAGCAGAAGGAUCUGUAGGAUCAAAAACAGCAGAAAGAUUUGUAGGUUCAAAAGCACCAGAACGACCUGUGAAUUCAAAAGCUACGGAAGGAUCUUUAGAUUCAAAAGCUGCGGAAGGAUCUGGAGGUUUAAAAGCAGCAGAAGGAUCUGUAGGCUCAAAAACAGCAGAAAGAUCUGUAGUUUUAAAAGCAGCAGAAAGAUCUGUAGGUUCAAAAGCAGCAGAAGGAUCUGUAGGUUCAAAAGCAACCGAACGACCUGUGGAUUCAAAAGCUGCGGAAGGAUCGGUAGGUUUAAAAGUAGCAGAACGAUCUGUAGGCUCAAAAACAGCAGAAAGAUCUGUAGGUUCAAAAGCUGCGGAAGGAUCUUUAGAUUCAAAAGCUGCGGAAGGAUCUUUAAAUUUAAAAUCUGCAGAAGGAUCUGUAGAUUCAAAAUCUACAGAAGAAUUUGUAGAUUCAAAAGCUGCCGAAGGAACUGUAGAUUCAGAAGCUGCACAAAGAAAUAAGAUUCAAGCUCAAACCUUACAAGAUUCAGACAAAGAGAUGUAUGAUUUUCUGAAUAAAAUAUAUAAUCCAUCGCCGUACAUACAGAAGAAAAAAAUGGAAUACGAGAAAAGCAAACUCAAUCAGUACAACGAAAAAGUUGCCAUAUUGCAGCUAUGA